UCAUUUGUUUUCAAUUUUUUUUUAGUUGUCAUACUAAAGGUUGAAUGAUCCAUAAAGAAAGUGACAAUACUAACAAAAUGUAGUUGUUGUCAUUUUCUGAAAUUUCAUAAGCAUUACAAAAAUUAUUGGUUGUACAAUGAUAUGCCCAAAUUCUUCCAAACGAAUUAAUUAUUUUUCAUUUUUACACAAUGGCAAUGUUAAGGAUGUACUAAUUGAAAUUGCAUGUAGAUUUGCUUUAUGGAUCUUGUUUGCAAUCUUGGAGCGUCAAGAACCCUUUAUAAGGAUCAUCGAUGAAGAGGAACUCUGGAUGUACAAGUAUCCAGUUGUUUCAUCUUAUGUAAGGGCGAGGUACUUAUGGCAAUUCGUUAUAUUUGUGCCUGCAGUGGUUUUCCUAUUAGAAUUUAUCUAUUACUACCACGAUGAAGACAUGGUAGAAGAAAUAAAAAACGAUAUCGCUGCUUUAACGCUUGCUUAUCCUAUAAGUGGAAUAAUAACUUCUGCCCUUAAAGUUACAGUAGGAAGACCAAGACCUAAUUUCUUCUACCGAUGCUUUCCCGAUGGUUUUGGGACGAGUUUGACAAGUUGCACCGGCAGCUACUCAGAAUACAUGGACGGACGACGCAGUUUUCCUAGCGGCCACGCAUCUUUUGCUUUCACCAGCAUGGUCUAUUUAACUCUUAACUUAACGCGAAUCUUAAAUAUACGCCACACUCAAAACAAUAAGGCUGUGAGACUGAUAUUUUGUGUUUUACCCGUUUUUUUGGCCACAUUGAUAGCUGUUAGCAGAACUUGUGACUAUCACCAUCAUUAUUCAGAUGCAAUUGCUGGUGCUUUAAUUGGUUCAAGUGUAGCAUCAUUUGUUUAUUGGGCUUAUAACAACUACAUAAUGGUUGAAGAUCCACUUUCAACCAAAACUGAAACUAAUAAGUAUUGUCAUGCAAAAUGAAUUAUAGUAAACAUAAAUGCUGAUAUA